UAUAGGGUGUGGGGGUCAUGAUUGGGUCAUGAUUUGCCACAUAGGCCCAUUAUUCAUGCCCUAUACCACCCCCCUAAUUAAAUCACGGUGGUUUGCGUGAAUUAAACCACGGCAACCACGUCCCCCUUUUUUCCAUUAUUCACGCAAACCCUAACCCCCAACAUCAUCAAAAAGAACAAUCGCAGCAACAAAUCAACAAAUUCUUUUCCUUUUGUUCGUGAUAAUCGAAUUUCACAAGAGAAGAAUAGCAUAUAUUUGUUCCCCAGUAGCAAAGAAAAAGAAGAAACAGGUUAUCCCACCACCAUGGCGUCACCAACUUCUUCCGACGAGAUCAACGAAUUUUUUUUGAACGUGGUGAUGGAAACGGCACAAAUAAUUAUAGAGGAGGAAGAAACCUCGUCUAAACGGAGAAAACGACAACAAUGUUUAAAUAGGGAUCGUGAAGGUGCCCACGAUAGGUUGAUGGCCGAUUACUUUGCCGAAAACCCAGUAUACACAGAUGAAAUGUUUAGGCGUCGUUUCCGAAUGAGCCGUCGUCUUUUCUUACGUAUAGCCAACGAUUUGGCUAAUUAUGACCCAUUUUUCACAUUAAGAUGGGAUGCUACAGGUAAAAGGGGGUUUACCACUUUACAAAAGUGUACGUCGGCAAUUCGCCAAUUGGCUUACGGUACAAGUAGCGACAUGUGGGAUGAAUAUUUGAAGAUGUCUGAUAGAACUUCACGAGAGAGUUUAUAUCAAUUUUGCAAAGGGGUGGUCAAGCUAUACAGCACGAAGUACUUACGAAGGCCAACAAAGAAUGAUAUCAUAAAGUUGUACCAGGCACACGAAAGUAAACAUGGUUUUCCUGGAAUGCUUGGUAGCAUAGAUUGUAUGCAUUGGCCUUGGCGUAAUUGCCCUAAUGCAUGGCGAGGUCAAUUUACUCGCGGUGAUCAUGGUCAUCCCACAUUAAUUCUAGAAGCCGUGGCAUCAAAUGAUCUUUGGGUUUGGCAUGCUUUCUUUGGUGUUCCUGGUUCGAAUAACGACAUUAACGUUCUUGGCCAGUCAGAUAUUUUCAAUGAUAUCAUUAAUGGUACGGGGCCUGAUUCUAGGUUUUCGGUUUCAGGAGUAGAAUACAAGCACGGGUAUUAUCUAGCUGAUGGAAUAUACCCAACAUAUGCAGCGAUUGUUAAAACUAUACCGUAUCCAGAAGAUGAAAAAAGAAAGAAAUUUGCAAAAUGUCAGGAAUCUGCUAGGAAAGAUGUUGAGCGUCUAUUUGGGGUUCUACAACAAAAAUGGCACAUAGUUGCAAACCCAGCACGAGCACUUGAACUCAAAACAUUGAGAUAUUGUAUGUAUGCUUGUAUCUUGCUGCAUAACAUGAUUAUCGAAGACGAAGGUAACGCCAUAUGUGAAUAUGAUCCUAAUGACAUUCAUGAGAAUGUUGUACCAGUUGAUGAAGGGCAACAAGAAUCUAACAUGUGGGCGUUAUACAACGAGACUACGCAUAACCAUCUUCGUUCGGAUUUGAUUGAACAUGUUUGGCAAUUUGGUCGGGUUAACAACAACGAGUAG